CCCGUCUGACAAAUUAAAGCGAAGAAUCUUCACCCGUGAGGACCAGAAAAACCUCUCCUCACGCAAACCCGUAGAAAAGGCAAAAACCGUCGUCGACUUGGGUCAAGCACAAGUCAAUUUAUUUUUGCUACUCCGUCGACUGCGGCCGCGAGCACAGACAUGGACGGCGGCGUCAGUACGACCGCUCACCAAAGUGAUCCCGCCGAUAAUGGGAUUUCGGAGCAGCUCUCAACUCUGUGCCUCACUGCUGACGAGCAACAGCCGAUUCCAGAGAAGGAUCCCACAAGAAUUGCUAGGAAGUAUCAGAUUGACCUUUGCAAGAAGGCCUUGGAUGAGAAUGUUGUUGUCUAUUUGGAGACAGGAUGCGGGAAAACCCAUAUUGCUGUUUUACUUAUUCAUGAGAUGCGACACCUAAUUAAGAGGCCUCAGAAGAACUUAUGCAUUUUUCUUGCUCCAACAGUUGCUCUGGUUCAACAGCAAGCCAAGGUCCUCGAAAAUUCUCUUGAUCUUAAAGUUGGGACCUAUUGCGGAAGUUCAACUCAUUUAAAGAGCCGCCAUGACUGGGAAAAAGAGAUUGAGGAACAGGAGGUCCUUGUUAUGACCCCUCAGAUAAUGCUACAUAGCCUUUCACACUGUUUUAUCAAGAUUGAACUGGUUGCCCUUCUGAUAUUUGAUGAAUGUCAUUAUGCACAACUUGAAAGCAACCAUCCUUAUGCUGAAAUUAUGAAAAUAUUUUACAACAUGGAUGCAUCCAGACUUCCCCGUAUUUUUGGCAUGACUGCAUCUCCAAAAUUAGGAAAAGGUGGCUCGAUUGAUGGUCUAGAGGCAUUGUUGCGAGCAAAGGUCUAUUCCGUUGAAGAUAAGGAUGAACUUGAGAAAUUUGUUACAUCCCCAAAAGUGAAUAUAUAUUAUUAUAGUUCAACUGGAAAUGGCUGUUCUUCCCCGCUCAUGAGUUAUAGUAGGAAACUUGAGGAGAUAAAGCACCAGUCUAUUUCGGCGCUUCGGAUGAACUCAGUUGAUCAGAGUGUUGUCAGGAACACCAAAAAGUCGCUUCAAAAGCUGCAUUGUAAUUUGAUGUUUUGUUUAGAGAACCUUGGACUAUGGGGUGCUUUACAGGCCAGCCACAUCUUUUUAAAGGGUGAUCAUUAUGAGAAUACGGGGUUGGUGGAUGCAGAAGAGAGUUCGAGUGAUGGCAACCAAUGCAAAAAUUAUUUGCAUCAUGUUACCUCAGUCCUUGCUACUAGUUGUGGUGAAGGUAUUAAGGGCCAGCCUAAUAUGAAAUGCAUAGUUUUUGUAAAUAGGAUUGUUACUGCAAGAUCACUCUCAAAUAUACUUCGAAAUCUGAAGUUUUUAUCAUGUUGGAAGUGUGGAUUCCUCGUGGGAGUUCAUUCUGGACUCAUGUCCCGUAAAAAUACAAACAUCAUCCUUGGAAAGUUCCGUUCCGGUGAGCUAAAUCUGUUAGUUGCAACAAAAGUGGGUGAAGAGGGACUUGAUAUUCAGACAUGUUGCCUUGUAAUACGGUUUGAUCUUCCAGAAACAGUUGCAAGUUUCAUUCAAUCUAGAGGUCGUGCCCGUAUGCCCCAGUCUGAAUAUGCAUUUCUGGUGGACAGAGACAAUCCAAGGGAUCUCAGCUUGAUUGAACAUUUUAAAAAAGACGAAGCCCAAAUGAAUGAAGAAAUUUAUUUGAGAAAUUCCAAUGUGCCAAUAUCUUAUUUUGAGGAGAAAACCUAUAAAGUGGAUGCUACUGGGGCAACUAUUAGUUCAGUAUUGAGUAUCUCAUUGCUGCAUCGCUAUUGCUCAAAACUUCCACAUGAUGAGUAUGAUGUUGUUCUACUGUAUUUCAAUCCAAAGCCCCUGUUCUUCUACUAUGAUGAUGCAGAUGGAAUGGUCUGUAACAUAAUUCUUCCAGCCAAUGCUCCAAUUCAUCAAAUUGCCAGCACACCACAACCAUCGACGGAGGCAGCUAAAAAAGAUGCCUGUCUUAAAGCAUGCAAGGCAUUACAUGAAAUUGGAGCAUUGACUGAUUAUCUAUUGCCAGAGCAAGAUGAGAAGUAUGAGGAACAAACCUUGGAUCCAUAUGAUCCUGAUGACAUGAAUGAGGAGGACUCACGAGCUGUACUAUAUGAGAUGCUUGUUCCUUCUGCUCUUAGGAAACCUUGGACAAAAGAGGGAGAGUCCACUAGUUUUAGUUCUUACUUCGUCAAGUUUUGUCCAAAUCCAGCUGAUAGGACAUACAGAAGGUUUGGUCUUUUCGUGAAGGAACCACUACCAGAAGAGGCUGGAAAAAUGAAAGUGGAUCUUUGUUUGGCUCGUGGUAGAAUGGUGAUGACACAACUAGUUUCAUCAGGCAUUGCUAUGUUUGAUAAGGAUGAGAUUGCCGCAGCCGAAAUGUUCCAGGAGCUCUUUCUCAAAAUUAUUGUUGAUCGACACAAACUUACACAGGAAUAUGUUGUACUUGAGAAUAAUGAUGUGUACGAGUCAAGCUCAUCGACCUUCUACCUCUUACUUCCAGUUAUUCUGCAUGAACAUGACAAAAUCUCUGUAGAUUGGACACUAGUCAGGAGAUGUUUGUCAUCUCCCAUUUUUCGACACCCAAGUCUUGGUUUGGCUGAUGAAACUUCUCAGCUUAACUAUCAGUUGCAUCUAGCCAAUAGUCGGGAAAAUAUAGAUGAUGUUGAGAACAGUUUGGUGUAUGUCCCCUGCAAAGAUACAUUUUUCUUUAUUUCUGAUAUUGUUCGAGAAAAAAGUGGACAUAGCUUAUAUGAUGAUUCAAAAAGUCAUAUUGAGCACUACGCUGAAACGUAUAAUGUUCAUCUGGCAUACCCUGAUCAACCCCUAUUGAAAGCCAAACAACUUUUUGUUUUGGACAACUUGCUGCGGAAGAAAAAAGGCUCAGAAGAAUGGCGAGAAAAAGAGGAACACUUCAUUGAAUUGCCUCCUGAGAUUUGCCAGUUGAAAGUCAUUGGCUUCUCGAAAGAUAUUGGAAGUUCAUUAUCUCUGUUACCAUCAAUCAUGCAUAGGCUUGAAAGCUUUCUCGUGGCCAUCGAACUGAAGGACAAAUUUGUUGCUUCAUUCUCUGAGGGAGCUGAAGUUACUGCUGACCGUAUUCUUGAAGCACUUACCACAGAAAGAUGCGGCGAACACUUUUCGCUUGAAAGGCUUGAAGUGCUUGGAGAUGCAUUUCUCAAGUUUGCAGUUGGUAGGCAUCUUUUCCUUAAGCAUGAUGCUUUAGAUGAGGGGCAGUUAACUAAAAAGCGUUCCAACAUUGUCAACAAUUCAAAUUUGGUCAAAUUGGCGACAAAGAGCAAUUUACAGGUAUAUAUUCGCGAUCAGUCAUUUGAGGCCGAUCAAUUCUUUGCUUUUGGCCGCCGUUGUCCUUUUAGUUGCAAUAACGAGAAUGAGGAAAGCAUUCAUUCUCGACAUGAUAACAAGAGAAAUGGAGCAAAUGCUGAAAUUAGAUGCAACAAAUGUCAUCACUGGUUAUUCAAAAAGACCAUUGCAGAUGUUGUUGAGGCACUUAUUGGAGCUUUUAUAGUUGAUAGCGGCUUCAGAGCAGCAAUUGCAUUUCUUAAUUGGAUCAGCAUAAAAGUAGAUAUUACUAGUUCACAAAUUCAGUAUAUCUGCUCUGCCAGCGACACAUUUUUGCCGCUUUCUGAUCAGAUUAAUGUUAAUGCCCUUGAGACUCUGCUGGGUUACAAGUUUUCCCAUAAAGGAUUGCUCAUUCAGGCCUUUGUUCAUCCAUCUUUCAACAAUCAUAUGGGAGGAUGUUACCAGAGACUUGAAUUUCUCGGAGAUGCUGUGUUAGAUUACUUGAUCACGUCCUAUAUGUUUUCGGUGUACCCAAAGUUAAGACCUGGCCAUUUGACGGAUUUGAGAUCAGUAGCCGUUAACAACAUUUCAUUUGCUGAUGUGGCUGGACGAAGGUCCUUUCACAAGUUUAUUAUUUGCGAUUCUGAUGUUCUCCGGGAAACAAUGACUACAUAUGUGAGCAGCCUUGGAAACUCAGAAACACCGAAAAGCAUUGAUGAGAUAAUUUGUCCAAAGGCACUAGGUGACAUAGUGGAGUCUUGUAUGGGCGCCAUGUAUCUUGACUCUGGAUUUGAUUUGAAGCUUGUUUGGAAAAUAAUGCUCUCCCUUAUGGAUCCUAUCAUUAGUUUUUCGAAGCUGCAUUUUAAUCCGCUUAGGGAACUUCGCGAACUUUGCCAAUCCUAUAAUUGGGAGGUCAAGCUUUCUGCAUUAAAGAGAGAUGGCAAGUUCAAAGUUGAAGGUAAAGUUGAUGAGGAAAAUGUUUCUGCAGUGGCUUCAGCUACCAACUACAGCAGCAAAGUUGCGAAAAGAAUGGUGGCAAGGCAUCUGUGUGAAACUUUGAAGGCACAAGGUUACAAAUCCAAAUCACCAUCAUUGGAGGAAGUGCUUAAAAAGAGUGAAAAGAGGAGAGCCAGAUUAAUUGGAUAUGAUGAGACAUCAUCCAAAGAAACUGCUCAUUCUGGUGCGCUGAAAGUGCUGGGAAAAUCUCGAAACGAUUGUGACGCAAAAGUGUAUCCUCUUAAUGAGAUACACACUGCAAGUAAAUCUCGAAUAGUUUCCACUCAAAAAAUGGAGUGUCCUUUUCUACCCGAGUCUUCAGGAUUUCGUGCUAAACAGCCCCUUCGAAUUAAGGAUUGCAAAAUUAAUUCACCUGCCGUCCACCCAAAUAAUGACGGUAAUCAUAUUCCAAAUGGAGCAACAGGUUAUCCUGGCUCUAUAUCGGCAAAAUCGCGUUUAUAUGAAAUAUGUGCUGCUAACUGUUGGAAACCACCCACUUUUGAAUGCUGUGAGGAGAGUGGACCGAGCCACUUGAAAGAAUUUGUUUUCAAGAUCAUGUUGGAAAUAGAAGAAAUACCAAACCAUUUAUUCGAGUUCUAUGGAGAGCCUCGAAUGAGGAAGAAGGACGCGGCUGAGCAUGCAGCAAAAGGGGCGCUUUGGUUCUUGAAACAUGAAGGGUAUAUUAUGGGACAAAAGGAGUGAAGAUAUAUAAAUUGACUAGUCAUGUAGUUUUGGAGCACGACAUUUGAAGAGAAAUGGAAUGCACGUAUAGAUAGCUGUGUGUGUAUUAUUAGGUUUGAUGUGAAUUGUGCCUAGCUUCUGUAUAUGAGCUUUAAUUAGGAGGGCAAACGAUGUCUAUUGUUUUAUAUCGGACGUCUUUGGUAAUUCACUGCAUAUUCUAAUCUAUUUUGAAAGUUCCUACUGUAUUGUCACGUCUUUUUUAAAGUCUAUUCUAUUAUAAACGAUGAAUGG